AUGAACGAGAUUCAGAAUUUCAGCAAGGAAGGAACGCUCACUGAGGGGCCCCCUGAUCUUGAUAGACCAAAUGAAGAAGAGGGUAGCCGCCCUCGAGUGAACGGCCUCUCGACAAACGACCCGAGCAACGAACCCCAAGAAGGCGCGCUCUCUCGACGGAACAGCCGAAACACACUGCAUCCCGAUCAGAAAGAGGACGACAAGCAGGGGCAGUCCUCUCGCCGGAACAGCAAUGCUCCCGAGGCCAAGGGAUCACGGCGGGAGUUGAAGGAUAACCAGAAGGGGUUGUUGAAAGGAAGGGUCUCGGAACAGCCGCGCCUCCGUCAGCUCGGAAUUCCCUGGCAUGUGGACGGAAGACGGCCAGUACCUGACGAAUGCUGUCUCUACCGCUACAGGUACACGGACAAUCAGACCAAGGCAGAUAAUGGAAAGUGUCCCAAUUACCAGGCAGGGACUCAGAACCCCAACUCCGGCCAGGCAACCAUCGCUAUGCAGACGGCACUCGACAGCACUGGUGGAGGCGAGAAGGAGGCGGUUCCGCAGACGAGGGACAAAAACGGCCAGAACGUGCUGCACUUCGCCGCCGCACGCCCACACGGGAAGUCGGCCUUCUUCCGCCUCAUCUCCGCCUCGCGCUGCAGCCUGGCCGACCGCGACGACCAGUACCGGACGCCGAGAGAUGUCGCCCUCGAGCACGACCUGCAGGAGAACGUGGCCGCCAUCGAUCAGUUUGUGGUCAGGCUGUCGGCUAACGGCGACCUUCACCAGCUCAAAACACUCCUGCUCGAGGGCUACGAUCACCUCCUGGACGUGAUGGACGACAAGGGGAGAAAUAUCCUGGAAGUUGCGCAGGACAACAAGCAGUACAAGACGCUGGAAUUUCUGAAAUCGGUGAUCAACUUUGAGGAGAAACGCGACUGGCUCCACAAGGCCAUCCGCGUAGGCUCCUUGCCUCACGUGCAGUACAUCGCGGACUCGGAGGACAUCGUGAGGGCCAAGGACCACCGCGGGAGGACCUCGCUUCACAUCGCGACCCUGUGUGAGGAGAAGGACAUCAUGGAGUUCCUGGCCAAGCAGUACCCGGUUCUCCUCGUGGUUGGAGAUAAUCUGGACAGACGCCCCCUCCACUACGCGAUGGCGGUGGAAGGCGUGGAUCAGGUGGCCAAGGUUCUCGUGCAGGCCGUGGCAAACAGCCGAGUUUCUACUUCAUGAAUCGCUCUGAAAUCGUCGCCAUGAUUAAGGAAGUCACAGCUGAUCCCGAGUGAGUUGCUCGUCGUACGUCUGGCACCUGAAGAUGAAGCCCGUGUUAUCGUACGUGGAGUGCCUCUAUCA